CUCUGGAUCUGAUUCUGUUGACGGCGACAACUGUCUAGGGAAAAGGAAGAAGCGUGGUCGACACGGCAAUGACGAGGAUUCGUUGUCUCCAAACGCAUCUCGCGAUGCUGAUGAUAUUAGUCUUGGCGGUCAGUCACGAAAAAAAAAGAAAUCUAAAAAGAAUAAGAAGCACAAAAAGCAAAAGCAGCGAAAUGCCAGCUCGCUGUCACCUGCAGGCGAAGCAGAAACCGUGGAUAUGAAUGAGACAAGGCGAUCCUAUCAUCACCACCACCACCACCACCACCACUACCGAAACCAGUUUGCCGUAACCAGUGAUAUAUCAAAGUCAGGGUCGCUUAAUAUGUCCAGUAUGCAUGCUUCUACUGCCGCU